CCAUUCGGAAUGUACGCACGCACUCGUACGUCCAUACACACACUCUCUCUACCCAGUUCUUUCCCACACACACGCAGUACGCAGUGUACGCAGAGUAAAAACAGUUCUUUCCCCUUAGCUAAUUGAGGCACUUAGGCUGACAAGCGAAGAGCGAUCACAGCCAACGAAUAACGAUAUGAAUGUAUGUGUUGGGUUUCUUUCCGUCGCUCCAAUCAUCCCGUUGUACCUUGGAUAAGAAAUUAGCUUCAUCCCGCUCAGCGUAACGUGCGUAAACGCUGCUUGACGAGGGACGUGCUGUGGAGCGCAAUAAUGUUGAUUAAUCGGGCCUGAAUCCCUGACUGUGUUGAUACAUGUUGAAGAGUGGAUAAUUGGCGGAUAAUGAUGAUUACCGUGUAAUCUAGCCCCGAUCCCUUCCUGGCCUGGGUUUGUUGAUCUGCUUCCUGGAGGGUGAUUUUCGUCGCCGCGAGACAGUGUUCGUUAGCGGGGAAUUGUGUUUGUGUGAGUGCGUCAGUGGCGAGAUUAUUAUUUGGCUGGCGUGAUUAGAGUGCUAUGAUCUGUCGUUUGGAGUGCUGUUGAGCAGUGUGGACGGACAGUGUAGAGCGAUGGCGGCUGACUAGAGUCGUCCCGCGGAAGGCCCGUCCUUCCUGCCGUUUGAAAACCCCCGUGGUUGCAACGAUGCUGAACAUGACGAGCCCCGCCGUGGCCACCAACGGGGCUAGUUUGACCAACUGCCACACCAACGUCUUCGCGCUUACGGAGCUGCACGGGCUGCAGUGGAAGCGCUUCGGCCUGGCCGGCAGCGGCAUGGCCCCCGCGUCGGCCUGCGGGCGCGACGCCGACCUGGAGGGCCUGAGUCUGGCCGACCCGGUGCUGGUGUCGUACGGGCGCUGCCUGGCCGCCAACCUGCUGACCGCCUGGAAGCGCACCAGCCUCCUGCCCCCCACCCCCGCCGUGGCGCCCCACGCGCCCCCGCCCUUCGCCGCCGGCAGCGCGGCCGCCGCCUCCAGCGCCGGCGCCAGCAAGAAGCUGUGGGUCUUCUGGUACGGCGAGGAGCCCGAUCUCAUGCAGCUCCUCGAGCCCGAACUCAUCGAUGAAGAAAGCGGCAGCUGGGAGAACGGACUGGUGUACGAGUGCCGUGUCCUGCUCUUCCGCGCGCUGCACACUCUCAUUGAACGGUGUCUUUUGUCGCAAAAAUACGUGCGUCUCGGACGCUGGUUCAUCCAGCCGCGGGAAGCGCACAUGCCAGCCUCUGAUCGAAGCUUCCGGUACUCGUACGCCUUCGAGUUCUUCCUGCACGGCGACAGCACCGUCUGCACUACGGUGGACGUGCGCAUGCAUCCGCCGCUGCUCCGUCUCACCAAGGCGCACAUUGGCCACACGCUGCUGCAGACCAGCGGCAACGCCAAACUCACAGUGAUCCUGUGUCCCUACGGGCUCGGCGGGGUGCUGACCGGGAAGACCAUCUCCAGCGAGAAAUCGCGGGAUUUACUGGCGCACUGGAAGCAGUACUUCCCGCUGGAGCUCCCCACCGCCCCGCUGUCCCUCAACGGCGAGCCGCCGACCCCCCGCGGCGGCAGUUCCGCCCACUACAGCCCCCGCGAUGCCUCCAUCGCCGCCAUGACCCCCGGCCCCUCCCCCAACCCCGCGGUGUCCGCCCCCAGCCCCGCGCCCGACACCCCCAACCCCCCGAACUCCACCGCCUCCAGCCCCGAUAAGAACGGCUCCCGUGGCGGGGCCCCGUCGCCGCCCGUCUGCUUCGUGGAGGUCGUCGUCAGCGGCACGCGCAUGUGGUAUCCGUCGUCGUUUGUCCUGCUGGUGGAUGAUGAGCGGCUGGAGCGCGUGAUGAAGGCCGCCGCCGAGGGGAAGAGCGCCUCCGGGUGGCCAGUGCUGGUGCCCUCCGACUCGGUCAACAGUCCGAUGGAUCGGGGGCGGAGAAGACCCCGGAUGGGCGCCCGUCGGUGCGGUUUAGGCGGUCUCCCGUUGGCCAAGGGGAAGUUCGAGCAGGAGGGCGUCGGGAAGCUGCUGCAAGGGAUCUUCGAGGAGUUCGUCAAGACCCGGCCCAUCACCGAGAAGGUCUCCGCCUUGUGCGUCAACGAGCUGGCCGACCCGGCGGACCGCAAGCACUGCGAGUGCGAGGCCUGCCGCAGCGCCGGGAACACGGCGGAGUUCGUCUCCCAACGCGCCACCAGCCCGGUGUCCAGCCCGUCCAGUUACAACGCGCAGGGACUGGGGCUGAUGGCCAUGAAGAUCAAGGCAAAGGAGCAGCCGCGUCACGAUCAACAGGGACUGAACGAACACUUCCGGGCGCAGAAAUCCGGCAGUUUCCACAAACGCAAUCACCUCGGUGGGAUUUUAAUGGAGAAUGGAUCACCGCGAAAGGUCAUCCCUGGAGGGAUGAUAAGACAGCCGGGCUCGGUGCCGCCGGCGCGACGGCAUGUCUUCGGGAUGCUGUCGCCCGGGGCCAGUUACGGGCGGAUGCCGGCGACACCGCAGAGCCAACUGGGGAGUGUUGUGCAGGUUUCUCCCGUCUCCUCGCCAGCGUCCUCCAUGGACACCUCCGACACCUCGCCGACCACUCCGGCCACCCCCUUCCCCAAGACUCCGCGCUCCAACAUGGCCGCGCCGCGUUCGGCCCUCCCGGAACCCUCCCCCGCCCCCGUGCAGCCUUCCCCAGCAGUACCCACCCCCCAGGUGGCCUUCCACAGCAGCAGCCUGUCUUCCGAGACCACCGAUUCCCCCGCGCGCCAACUUCCAUUAAAGCGGCCUUGCCUCGCUCUGCCCGACGAGGACAGCGACGGGUUCGCGCUGAGCGACGCCGUCAACGACGACUGGGAGCCCAUCGGACCCAAACGCCGCAAACUCCACAAUCUCCUCUCGGAGAUGGACCUCCUCCCAAGGAGAACGUCGACCCGACGCCCAAGACCAUCGAUGAAGACACGGUGGUGUCGAAUACGACCGUUUUAUCGGAGACGGUCCCGAAGGAGACCGUCGAACGCACCGCGCCCAAACCCGCCACUGGAGUGGUCCAAGAUGUUCCCGACACCUCCGUCAUUGGAGACCCACCCCAUCAGUUCCCCGCUGGAGCUCCCGGGUCACCCGGACGUCCCGGAAGACACCCCGGCGGUGCUCAGCAUCGCGCCGGUGGAGAAGAAGCCCGUGUUGGACCUGCAGCUCCCGCCGGCGCACAACGUGUCGGCGGCGCGCUACUCCGUGAUCCGCGACUUCCCCAGCGCGCUGUUCCCGGUGGCGCUGGCCAGCAGUGUGGAACGGCUGGCCUACGAGCCGGUGUGGCGCUUCGGGCCGCGCUUCCAGCACACGGUGCGCCCGGUGCCGCCGCCGGCGCCGACUCCGUCGAAACGCAGCGGCGCCAAGAACAGCGGCAGCGUCAAGUCGCCGCGGAUGCCGGUGUUCAGUCCGCCCGAGUUCCGGCCCCCCGUGUACCCCCCGCGCAUGCCCUUCCCCCUGCAGUCGCCCAACAGCCAGGCGCUGCAGCUCCCGGAGAUCCAGGCACUGCUCUUCAACGUGCUGAUGGGCGAUACGCUGAUGAAUCUGUUCGUCGAUAAGAAUUUCGCCGCCUGUCCGCUGUGUGUAUGCAAUAUGACGGUGCGCAGCGACGGGACGAUGCUGUUAGGCGCCGAAGAGCCGGCGUUCAAGUGCAGUUGCGGCUUCAGCGCCGUGAUGAACCGGAGGUUGUCCUACGGCGCGGGCCUGUUCGCGGAGGACGAGCUGGACAUCACGGGGAUCGCGGAGAACAUGGUGGCGCGGCGGAAGCCGGCGCUGAGCGAAUUCCUGGAGGUCAGCUUGAAUCCGGAGCAGAAGCGCGUCGUCAAUCGCUUGUCCGCCGCCACGGCGUCCCUGCUGAAACACCAGAUGAGCAAUCCCUUCUUGACCAUGAGCAACCUGCACCCGGGCUUCUUCACCGCGCCCGUGCCCAUUAACCAGCAGCAGCACCAGAUGUCGCCGAUGAUUUUGCCGAAGUCUAACGUGCAGCUGCAGCUGGAGGAGAUGAACCGCGUGUGCGCCGUGGUGCUGUCCAUGUGCCGGCGCGGUCCCGGCGUCGUGGCGGGCGCCCUGCCGCCCAGUCCGCCGCUGCACCCCUGGUUCCGCCUGUGCCACAACGUGCACAGCCACGCCGAGGCCAUGCGCGCCCACCGCACCCUGCAGCCCAUCCUGCAGGAGGCCGUGCAGGUGCGCCGACAGACGCGCCUGUGGGACAAGGUCUUCACCGUGGAGGGCCCGCUGACCUGGAAGGACUUCUUGCGCUUCGCCGACAAGGAGGUGAUGGAGGAGCAGAAGGAGCCGCUGGCCGUCCCGGCCUGGUUGAUGGGCCUGGAGAAGGAGCGCGUGCUGUGCGCGCCCUCGGUGUGGGGCCACUGGGAGGUCAUGGGGCUGGAGCCCUUCGGCGGCAAGAAGGACGUAGUCUACGCCGUCGUGACGCCCGAGGGGGAUUAUGUGCGCGGGGCGGUCAAGAAUUUCUUCCGCGAUCUGUCCAAAUCCUACGAGCAAUGUGGCCACGGACGGCACAUGCCGAUGCCGAAACUGCAGGACGGCAUCUGGCAGGUGUGCCGGCCCCCCGACCGCCAGCCCUCCAUCGACAACCUGGACGACUGGUUCCGCUACAUCGGCGACUCCCCGCUGACCUCGCGGCUGCGCCUCUACGCCUCCACCUGCCGCGGCCUGGCGCCGCACAUCCAGCGCCAGCACGACGACAAGAACAUCGCCCAGUUGUUCCGGCCCCCGCUGCCGCCCCCGCCCAAAAUCUUCGCCGAGGGCCCGGCCUCCGACACCUCGGCGCCCGGCGUGGAGGCGUCGGCGGCGCAGCUGGCGGGCGUGUGCACGCACGUGCUGAUCCAGGAGCUGCCCAAGUACCCCUUCGACCCCGGCUACCCCGAGCGCGACGACCCGCACCCCGUCAUCGUCAUCUACCUGCUGGACCCCUUCUCCUACGGCACCGCCCACCGUCUGGAGCCCCUCCACCGGCUGGCCUGCGUCGGCCUCCUCCGCGCCUACCAGGAGCUGUGCCGCAACCUGCCCGACACCCUCCGCGAGUCGGUGGUCCUGCAGCUGAUCCCCCUGAAGGACGUGAUGGAGCGCAACGGCGACGGGGAUUAUUUGCGGGCGUUGGCGUUGAGUGUGUACGCCCAAGGGUGGAGGAAACUGCAGCCCAGUGUCCCGGCUAAGAUGCUGACGGGAUUCGGGCCGGCGACGGCGUUCAAGAAGUGGAUGGAGGAGCGCGGCGCCGGCUGCGCCACGGUGUACACGCCGCCGUACGUGUUGCUGGGGCGGCGGGAGAAGGGGGAGACGGUGGGCGGGGAGGGCAAGGAGAAGAGCCAGGCGUUGUUCUUCGCCUACUGCGUCACCGAGGACCAGCGCUGGCUGGUGGUGUCGUGCACCGACGACCGCGGGGAACUCCUCGAGACGCAGAUCAUGAACGUCUGGGCCAACGACGUGGCGCGCCAGAAAGGCUGGAGCGUCAUCCGCUACUCCCUCGUGCGCCUGUGGGAUUUCAUUCUGGGCGUCGUGGCGCAACUGACGCAUCCCUGCCGCAUCGUCAUCGGCCGCAUGGGCCGGCUGGGCCACGGCGAACUGAAAGGUUGGUCGAGUCUGUUGAGCAAGAAGUCGUUGUCACGCGCCGGCCAGCAGCUGAAGCAGAUGUGCGGCCAGUGCAAGCUGGCCUCCAACCAGGAGAUGCCCAACAUCCUCAGCGCCUGCCUCGUCAGCCUCCAACCCGAGGCCUCCCUGCGCGUCAUGCCCGACACCUACACCCACGACGACCGCCUCCCCACCGCGGCGUCCCUGUGCCCUCUCUCCAGCCCCGAGGACGCCAGCUGCAGCCACCUGUACGUCUUCCCCACCUCCGCCACCGCCCAAGCGCAAUCCUUGACCGCCGGCCACGCCGAGGAGCCCACCCUGGGGGGUGAUGAGCUGGACCUGUUCGGGCACCUGGGGACGGACGAGUUCCCGGUGGGGGACGAGGGCAACCAGGGCGACGAGCUGGACCUCUUCAAGGAUCUCUUCAACUUCGGCAACUCCCCCGCCACCAGUCCCCGCCCGGUGGAGCGGGCGGGCCACUCGCCGCUGCUGCUGAAGGAGGGCGGCGGGAUGAUGCUGCACCGCGGCGGGAUGAUGGAGGCGCUGGAUGAGCCGGGGCAGCUGCUGCAACAGCCGCUGGCCGUGGGCUAUCUGGUCAGCACGGCGCCCACCGGACCGGUGCCGCGGUGGUUCUUUGCGGCGCACGACCACCUGGACGAGACCUCCUGCCCGGUCGUCCUCAUGUCGGCGCUGCACAUCCACAGCGCCAACGUGCUGCAGGGCGACGACGUCUACCACUCCGCCCACCACUCGCGCCACGCCCAUCCUCUCGACUCCAACCUCACCGUCGAUGUCCUCAAGUACGUGCUGGAGAGCUACAACAACCUGUCGUGGCUGGUGCUGGAGCCGGGCAGCCGCGACCGGCGCUCGUGUCUGCCGCAGCACAUGCAAGUAUUAGUGCAGCUGUAUUUCGCCGCCGCGGCCCUUCUCUAGAGACAGAGACACCCGGACCGAGAACGCGGGCAGGACGCCGCGUUGUGCCAGUCUGUGAUAAGGCAGGGAGCGCCGUCUCUUCCUGCGGCGCCCGCCUGCCCCCACCCUUCCCCGCCGCCUCCCGAGGGGCACUGCUCGCCCUGCCUUUCAUCCGCGUUUUUAUCCUUGUUUUUGAAAUAGUUCUUCUAUGCGUUUCCCUGUCUGGCCCGUGUGGCGUUGUGCCCGUUUAAUUAACGAAUGUUUGAGUUAAUUUUUUAGUCCGUUCGCCUGAUGCCCGUUCUCUUCGCGCUGCUGCUGUUUUUGAUAGAUGCUUUUAUCCAGUCACACCACCCUGCUUCUGUUGUGUUUUUAAUCCAUCUUUUUUAAUUUAUAUGUGCUUGUAUUUUUACUAGUUGUUGCCUGCUGUAGAAAUGCCCGCGGAAAUUGAUGGAAAUAAAAUUGAAUAAGA